GGAAGACGAGAGGAGCGGGCUGAUCUCCUCCACCAUGGAUGGGAACUUUAACAAUCAGUUUGGGGAGGCCAUUGACAGAAGGCUUGGAGGAGUGAGAGCGGAAGCCCAACGAAGGGCGGCAGUCGGGCCGCCACCCCCUGCCACGUUCAGGCUAUGGCAGGAAAAGGAGGAACCACCGAUUGGGGUAGAGGAAGUGGGGAGCGACGAGGAAGUGACUCAAGGAACACGUGGAGGAAGUAGGAGGGAAGAGUCCAUAAUCAUCGAAUCGGAUGAUGAAGACGAGGAAAGAAGGAUGGAAUCGCCAUCCGUUUUAUUGGGGAAGAUGGAGGACCUACUGAACAAGGUGGGAAGGUACCAGCAGAAGUUGGUAGACCUCUGCGACGAAGUAAAGAGAUGGAGGUCUAGCAUCCCCACGGUGUUCCUCUAUGACUCCGGCCCGGAGUCAGCGCCUGGGCGACCCGGAGUAAAUGUGGUGGGGUCGUGCCCACAAUCGGGAAUGAUGGGGAGACCCCUCACUCCGCAGGCCCGGCUUGCACAGGCAACACAAACGAGAAGUCAAGCCAAGGCCAGUGCCAACCAAGAACCUCCGAGAAGGGAGCCCGAACCGGGAAAAAGGAAAGAGGCAGUGAAAGUAGAGGAUGACGAUGAUGAAGAGGAAGAAGACGAGAGGCUGCGUCGAGAAGAGGAUCAGAGAGCGGAGCAGCGGGCAAGGAAAAAGGGGACCAGGGGAGAGGCCGAGUUGGUCAUAUGUGACGGACCACCCAAAAGGAAGAAGUACGCGGUUCGGUUGGAAGAGGGAUUUGACGUAGAGAAAGUGAUCGACCGGCUACUGGAAGGGCAUAAUGACCUCAUGACCCUGAAGGAAAUCCUAUCGUCGGCCCCGCGGCUCCGCGAUGAACUAAAGGGGAGAUUGUCGCGGUGCCUGGUGCCCAAUGUCCAUCUGGGUACGAUCCUGCCCAAGGAGGCUGAGUGGGCGGAGUCGGGUACGAAAAUGGACUGGAAGUGUGUAGCCUGCGGCACGGUGAAUUUGGUGGUGAAGGGUUCCAAGUGCGCAGCAAUGGUGGACACUGGGGCGGAGAUGAACAUUAUCCGAGAGGAGGACGCGAUCAGAUUCGGGCUAGAUAUAGACCGUUCUGACUGCGGUAUUCUCCACGGAGCCAGCUGCAAGGCCGUAUUUUGUGGGACAGCCUUGAAUGUACUCAUUGAGGUUGGAAAGGUGAAGGCCCGGGCUUGUUUCUUCAUUAUGCCAGACGUGGAUCACGGAAUCCUCCUAGGGAGGUCAUUCCUGAGUAGGACGGAGACCGUGAUGUUCAAUAAGCAUGAUGGGACGUUAAUUCUCCUCCUAUGCGACCCUGCCUGCGGGAAUUACGAAAUAAUUACCUGCAGAAACACAAGACCAAGGAGUAUAAGGAACCGGCCCAACCCAGGAUCCUUCACGAUCGAAGAGUCGGAGGGCGAGUGCAGGAGGCUUCGGGCAGAGCCGGAAGGAGAAGAGGAGGUGAAAGCGUUUUUCCUUAGCCUAUCGGACGUCGGGAAGGCCAUGGACUUGGUGGCCGCACAUGAGAUGGCGGAUACGGAUGUCAUCCAAGCCUUGAGGGAGUCUGACUUUACGAAGACAGCCAUGCCAAGAGGAGGGAGGGGGACACGGCCGCCUCGGAGGCCGUUGGGGGCAUCAGGAGGAUAUGAGCAGCAUGGGCCUCGUCAUCGAGAGAGUACUCUGGUGUACGAUGAUGGGGACAUCGAGCUAUUCCUGGACAGUUUCUGGGAGCAUGCGAGGCGUAUGGGCUGGACAGUGGCCCAGACAAUCGAGAGACUGAGGGGAGCAGGCAGGUUCGAGGAGCCCAUUGCCAGGAUUCGUAGGGAGGCGACGACGAGGCAGAAGGUGAAGACGAGGAUGGAGGAGUUGCGACCCUCGCCUGUGGGACCAGAUGGCAGGCCUAUCCGUCUAGAGAUUGGAAAUGUGGCAGAUUUUAUCCCUGCCUUCGAGUGGUUCAUGCAGGGGCAGGUGGAGUUCCAUCGGUUUGCCGAAGGUGGAUUGAGGAGGUCACCAACACACACACAGGGGGAGUCGCCAGCGUCCGAGGAGCCUUUGAGGGAGUUGGAGGCGCAUUUGGAUAUCUCUCAGUGGAGAGCGUCGCCUCGGGGUGAGGAGCAUGGAGAGCCGGCAGAGGAGGCGCCGCGUGAGGAGGUGCCACGUAAGGAGGUGCCACGUAAGGAGGUGCCACGAGAGGAGGCACCGGCAGAGGAGGUGCCACGAGAGGGGAUGCCACGAGAGGAGGUCCGGGAUACUCAGCGAGAGAGAGGACUAGGCGAUGAUAGGAGACGUGCAGGGAAGGAAGUGAUAGAGGUUGGAGAGGAUACGCCCCCUCAGACGCCAGCAGUGGGUUUGAGACUUGGGGAUGCACCAGGGAGCACUCGCCAGGCAGGGGAGAGGGUGCAGAGAGAGGAGGCCCCAUUGCCCUCAUUAGAAAAGGCUCCUUCGCUAGAGAGGAGGGCAAAAAGAAGGAGAGAGAGGGCAUCUGUAAGGAGAGAAGCCUUGACCUUGAUUGACAGGCACCUAGCAGCUCAUGCCCUGGAGCACCCAGACCUGGAGGAGCUAGCACCUGCAGAGCCGCGCCAGGAGCCGUGCCAACCGGAGCAGGAGGUAGAGACAGAGAUUCCAAAGAGGGUCAACCUCCGCACGAGGGAAAGAGCGUCAGCUGGAGAGACGCGCGAAGAAAAGAGGGCAAUAAGAACCAGGAGGAUAGAAGAGAUAUGGCAGGAGAGGCAGAGGUUGGAGGCGGCGGGGGAACUUCCGGAGCAGCAGCAGGAGAGGCAGAGAUUGGAGGCAGCAGGGGCUCUCUCGGGUCAGCUACCCAACGAGCCAGCAAAGGCCCCAGAGAUCCCAGAGAUGUGGAGGGACUUCUGGGAGCGUAGAGGAGAGGAGCUUCCUUCGCCAAUCAGAGUGAGGUUUGGGAUGGCAAGGAAGGCAGAAGAAAGGUUGGAUCGCAAGAUCAAGUUCCUGGCCAAGACAACUUUUGACCGACACUUGUUGUUGGAGAGCGAUCUGGCAGGGAAGAAGAUGAAGGAAGCAAGCCAUGGAGUACGCCUGGAGGCUAUGGAGAUGGAAAUUCAGGAACUCAGGGCAUUGGUGGCCAGCCAGGCAGCUAUCAUCGAGAGCAUGAGGCAACGAUCUCAGGGAAGGGCGGACAAGCCGGAGAGCAGCCGGCAGGGAGAGCAGAAGCAGCCAGGACAUGGUUUGCCAGGACAACCAUCUGCAGCAGAGACUUGCUAGGAGCCACCUAUGGGGAGAGUUAUCCUGGAGCCAGAGGAGGCGAGAGCCCAGAGGGAGGCAGAGAGAGAGGCCUUCGAGUUCAGAGCCCCUACUGA